AUGCUCCACUGAUCACUGACUACCAGGUACCAGUUACUUACUCAUCAUAAUCAUAAAUUAUUAAAUCCUAAAAUUUGUACAAAUCUACAAUUAUAAUGAAUCUAAAUAUAAACAGCAUAGGAAGUUUUGAAAAAUAGUAAAAAAAGGAUCUUAAAUGUUAAAAGUAGCAAUAAUUUAUGUACUAUAGAUUGAAGUAUUCGGUAUUUUUUGAACCAUAAGAUCCUCAAAACUAUUAUUUUGAAAUUAAAAAAAAUGUUGACUUUAAAUUCUAAGUCUCCAAGUGUUGAAAAAAAAAUAACUCCUGUUAUCGAAAAAAAUGAUAUUGAUACAGUAUCUACUUCAGACAAAAAAAAAGUGACUCCAUCUAAGUUAAUGAAGACAAAUGAUGGUGGUAGAAGACCUGGACCUAAAUCAAAAACAUGUGCACAACAGUUAAAAAUUGAAAAAACAACUUCAAGUCUAACAAAAAAAAUUGAGAUAAAUUCAAAACAAGCAGAAAAUUACAAUGUUGAUAAAACUGAUACUAUUGAAGCAGAAUCAAAGAAAAUUAGUGUUGUUACAAAAGAAAAUAAUGAAGACAAAAUAGUUGUUUCUUUAAUAAAUUCCUCACAUACGGAUAAUAUAGUAAAAAUGGAAAGUAAUAAAAUUAAACAAACUACAAACUUAGCUAAUUUUGAUAAUAGUACAAAAAUUGAAAUUAUUGAAAAAAGUAAUAUAAUAUGCAACCAUUUAGAUGAAGAAAAAAAUAAAAAUACUAUAGUUAGAGUAAAAGAAGUUUCUCCAGAACCCAGAGAAGAAGAAGAUAAUAUACAAGAUGAAGAAUUAGAUCAUGAAAUAUAUGAAGAAUUGGACCAUGAAUUCGACGAACUAGAAAUAUUUGAGGCUUUUGGCCUUAAUAAAGUAAAAUCAAUUCAAGAACAUAACAAAGAUGACAAUAAUGAAGACUCUAUUAACUUGACAAUUGGAGAAGAUGAUAUUAAAUUAUUUGCUGAUGAGGAAGAUACAAACAUUGAAAAAGAGGACGAAGUGAUUGGGAACCAAAUCAAAGAAGAAACAUCAUCAAUCAAACAACAUGAAUCUUGCCAUCCGGUUACUAGUAGCAGAUCGUCAACUGGAUUGGUCAAAAGCUGCCGCAGUGCAACUGAGAAGCGAUCAUCUGUUGGGGAUAAAUUACGCAGUAUCCACAAAGAAGACAAGGACAUCAGCAAUACAAAACCCAUCAUCAAUGUCAGUGUGCCCAAAGAUGAGAAGAAACAAGUGGAGAAACAAGUUAAAGAUAAAGUGGAAGCUGGCAAUAAGCAGAGUAAUAAUAACUCAAAGGUUCAACAGAUAUCAAAUGACACAUUAAAACAAAACAAUUCAUCUAUGGUUCGCAACAUUUGGGUUAGUGGUUUGUCAUCAAUUACUAAGGCCACUGAUUUAAAACAACUUUUUUCAAAAUAUGGAAAGGUGGUUGGUGCAAAAGUUGUGACAAAUGCAAAAACUCCAGGAGCUCGUUGUUAUGGUUUUGUUACAUUAUCCUCAGCUGAAGAUGCUAAUCGUAGUAUUGAAAAUUUACAUAAGACUGAACUUCAUGGACGAGUUAUUAGUGUUGAACGAGCUAAACGUGAUAAUGGGUAUCAAAUAACUGCAAAAAGUUCUGAUUCAUCUAAAGUAAGUGAAAAUCCCGAAAAUAAUCAAAAAACAAAAAAAAAUGAGGAAAAAAAAGAUAAACCUGAAGAAAAAAGAGAAAAGAGACCUGAAAUUACAAUUAAUGAUGUUAAAAAACCAGAUUUGUCAACCCAUAAGCGUUCAUUAAAAGAUCAACAUCAAAAUCCAAAACGCUCUAAAAUUGUGAUUGAAAGUGAUGAACGAAGAAAAGAUAGAAGCAUCAAAAGUAAAAGCAAUGAACGUGAUAAAGAAAGACUUAGAGAAUUAGAACGAGAGAGAGAACAUUUAGAAAGAGAGAAAAGGAAACAACAAGAGAUAUUAAACUUAACAAAAAUGAAAACCGAACGUGAAAAACAAAAGCAAAGAGAACACGAGAGAGCAAUGAGAGAAGAAGAACGAAGGAGACGUAUAGAAAAAGACCGCCAACUAGAAAUUGAAAGAAAACAAAAAGAAGAAGCAAUUCGUCUAGAAAAAGAAAGACAGAAACUUCGAAUUGAACGUGAACGAAUUGAAAAAGAAAAAUCUGAACUAUUACGUUUAGAACGUGAAAAUCAACGUUUAGAACGAGAAAGACUACAAAGAGAAAAAGAAGAGUUACGCAGAGCACAAGAAAAACUUGAGGAAACAAAACGUCAAGCAUUACUCAAACGUGCUGCUAUUCCCCCAUCUCCACCACUUCCUAGUAAAAGACAUUCUUCAUCUAAUUCAUCUCGAUAUGAAGAAAGAAAAGAACCAAUUCGUAAUUCUCGUAUCCAGUCAAAUUCAGAUUAUAUGAACCAAGCACCUCCACCUCCUAAUAUAACAUCAUCUAGACAUCGCUAUGAACAACGCUCAUCAGAUUCCCGUCGUAUUAGGCCAUCACCACCACCUCCACCACCUGCAUCAAGACCCAAAGACUCUACUGUGAAUAUCAGAUACGGUGCUCAACUAGCAACAGAUCAUCAUUAUAGAAGUCGUGAUGAUCGAUCAGACCGAAGAGAUGAUUCUCGUAGGAAAGAUUCAAGCAGUGGAAGUAGUAACAGACAUGCUCAUACAUCAUAUGAUUCAAACAAAAGUUCCUAUGGAAUGUCCCGCAACAGCGAAAGUAGUGCCUGGUCAUCAGUUCCAGUAAAGAGUACUUAUGGUACACUUGGCGCAAGCUCCGGAACAAAUAAUAUGGUAGUAAACUUGAGACCAGAUCCGUGGGCACAUUCUACUUUUCGAGACGUGGAUCCAAAUAUUUGGCAACGUCCAACUCAACCUCCACCCGAGAAGUGGAACAGUACAUCAAGCAAUCCUUCAUCUAUUUCAAUAAGUGGACGUAGUUCUAGUAGUAACGCUUUGUAUAGUAAUAGUCAUGAAGGUUUAUCAAACAUGGUUAAUUCUAUGUCAUCAAACUACAGUGAUAGUAGAUUUGACAGUUACAAGAUGAGUGGCAUGUCACGCAAAUAUUGAAUUGUUAAAUACUCAGCAGUUAAACAUAGCAUAAAACAUUCCUUUGUCUUUGUGCUAUUCAAUAUUUUUUCUAACAGUGGUCAAGGAAUAUGUUCCUUAAAUUGUUCUAUUUUUAUUUUUUGAUUGAAGUUAUUAUAAAAAUGAUUUGAUUUUUAGUUGAAUCUAAGUUUAAGGAUAUUUUAUUAUGUAAAUUAUAGUUAUUUACUCCUCAUGUAUACAAUUUCUCAAAUCCUAUAUUACACAUUAUGUUUAAACAUCAAUAAUAGAUUUAAUUUCUCAUUCGUAUUAUUAUUUGAUUUUUUUCAUCUGUCUGGAAAAUGUGUAUAUUACAAAUGAAAAUUAAUUAUUAAAUUGUCUAACUCUAUGAAAUGUUGUCUUUUUGUAAAAAAAUCAAUAUAUAUGUGUAAAAUCUUAAUUUAAUUUUGUUCACUUUAAAU